AUGCGCUCGGUUCAGUAGUGUUUCAACCAUCAAUGAGAUAGAACAGUUUUCAACCAAAAUGGGUAGUGUGCUACUUAUUUCGAGCAUCCUGGUGCUAGUACUGAAAUCAACGUUCGCACUUUGCGGCACGAUGAAUCAAGGUUUUGGGUACGAAAUACUGGUAACUAAAAUUGAAACACAGGAGGAACGUUUUACCAAAUUAAGUCGUACACUCCAAAACAGCACUACUUCAAUUAUGUCCGAGUUAAACAGUCUACGCGACCUGAUAAAAUCUCAGCAGAAUUCAUUACAAAAUGUGUACGACUCUUGUGAUAAGGUUCCGUCGAAAAUAUCUGGUGUGUUCAACGUGCAACUCAAUCCCCAGGAGACGGCGCGUGUCUAUUGUGACCAGAAUUAUGACGGUGGUGGCUGGACUGUGAUUCAGUGGCGUUUCGAUGGUUCUACUAACUUCUACCGGGGUUGGACGGAAUACAAGCGAGGAUUUGGCAAUCUGAACGGAGGAGAAUUUUGGCUGGGUUUGGAUAUUAUCCACCAACUGACCUACUCUGGACCGCAUGAGAUGGUUAUAUUGUUGGAAGAUUUCGAAGGGAACUCAACCUAUGCCAAGUUGAAUCGAUUCGAGAUGGCUGGAGAAGAGGUGGUCUACAAAGUGACGAAGGCUGAUGGGUAUAGUGGAACCGCAGGAAACUCGAUAUCGAGAAUCAAAAACAACAUGUUUAGUACAUUUGAUAAGGACAGCGAUACUCAUCCUGGUAAUUGUGCUUUGGACUAUCAUGGGGCUUGGUGGUAUUCGAAGUGCCACUCCAGUAAUUUGAAUGGCAAAUAUUCGAAAGGACAAACCUCGGAAUACGCUACAGGAAUGGUGUGGAGCACAUUCCGUGGCUAUCAUUAUGCACUGAAAUCUUCUAAAAUGAUGAUCAGAAAGAAGAAAUAAAUAUAGGAUCGACUGAAUAAAUAUA